AUGGACUUUAUCAGCGAUGGUCUCGCUUCUAUUCCGCAGAGCGUGCUGUUGACCUUUGCGGGACUGGGAGCUCUCUUUACAACAUUCAAAGCGUUGAGCUUUCUCCGUUUACUCUUAAGCACAUUCGUCCUUAGUGGGACUAACCUUAAGAAAUAUGGAAAGAAGGGUAGCUGGGCUGUUGUGACGGGUGCAUCUGAUGGCUUAGGAAAAGAAUUUGCUGCUCAACUCGCUGCCAAGGGCUUCAACCUCGUCCUAGUGUCCCGUACCUUAUCCAAGUUAGAAGCACUGUCACAAGAGCUGGAAACCAAGUAUGCGGGAGUACAGACGAAGGUACUCGGCAUGGACUUCUCCGCUGACGACGAGGCCGACUAUGCUCGUCUCGCUAACCUGAUCACUGGUCUCGACAUAGGCAUUCUUAUCAACAAUGUCGGCCAGAGUCACCACACCGCUGUUCCUUUCCUGCUCACCGAACCGAAGGAGCUUCAAGAUAUCGUCACUAUCAACUGCCUAGGCACUCUCAAGGUUACGCAGCUCGUCGCUCCGGUAAUGCAGGCCCGUAAGAGUGGCUUGAUUCUCACAAUGGGUAGCUUCGGCGGAUGGAUCCCAACCCCUUAUUUGGCCACCUACUCGGGUAGCAAGGCAUUCCUACAGCAUUGGUCCUCUGCUCUCGCGGCCGAACUCAAGCCGAGCAACGUCGACGUCCAACUUUGCCUCAGCUACCUUGUCACGACAGCGAUGAGCAAGGUACGACGGGCUAGCGCACUUAUUCCUAGCCAGAAACAAUUUGUGCGAGCUGCUCUAGGCAAGGUGGGACUAGGUGGUUGGCAAAGCGUGGCAUAUACUUACACACCGCAUUGGAGCCAUGCGCUUAUGGCCUGGGCCAUCGAGAACACCCUUGGCGUUGGUCACUGGCUUUGCAUCUGGGUCAACUUGAAAAUGGAAAUGGAUAUCCGGGACCGCUAUCUGAAGAAAGCAGCCCGAAACGCCAAAAAGGAAUGA